AUGCUAAGCAGCGCACGGAUCGAGGCGCUUCGCAACGCCGGCAGGGCCGGCGGAAUUCCCGAACUCGCCAGUAUCUACGGGGGAUGGUACACAGCACCCAAUGGAAAGCGCUACUUUGGACUGGGUACAGUUAUGGAGAUCGGGUAUACCCAUGACGGCAGUGUCUAUGUGAACGCUGAGCCCACCAAUACCGAGGAUGACCGAUUCCGGUUCUUUGAUCCCUCCACCGACGAGGACAUGCCGGAAGAUCAAUACCCGGAAGACCCCGAGCUCGUCUUCGAACGAACCUACUUCAGUCCCCGUAAAGGACCCACGUACGGCCCGAAACCAACAACCCCAGGCCUGAAGCCGGGUGACAUGGCGCGCGGCUUUUACGACUCCGCGCAGAAUGUGGUGUUCUACGGCGUCGGCCGCAUUGUCACACCCAUCAUCCAAGAAGACGGCCAGCCCAGCGGCAGUUUCUGGAUUGAACCGUCGCGGAUCCGCGGUCCAAUCCCCGUCUGGGAGACGUAUUCGCGUCGUGACAUUGAGGAACACGAGCUUCCACGGUCGUACUAUACAGGAAGCCUGGAGACACAGCAGCGCGAGAACAAAGACCGCCCCAGGCGCGAGAUUCAUCAUGAACUCCACCACUGGUAUGGGAAGCUUCCGCCAAUGCCCGCUCAAGCCCGUGACCAGCCACGACUGGGCUCUGAGCAUUCUGGCGCGUAUUUCGCCCCGGACGGGCAGUGGUUCGCUGGGGUAGGCAGGGUUGUUGCAGUUGGAUAUAUCUUGCAUAUUGGAUGUUCCCAAGAAUGGUAUGUAUAUGUGGAGCCAACAGGCAAGACUGGAGGAGACUAUGACUUUUUUCACCCUCAGACUCGUGAGUGGAUGGACGAGCUGCCUCAAACCAACCCUAUUCCUGGCAUGCAGUGUACUCCAAGGGAGCGCAGGACCCUUCCAUCGCGCUGGCGAGACCUCCCAGUCAUCAAUCGCCAGCCAGCAAUCGGCGAGGAAUACCACGGUCGGUAUUGCCCUCCGGGUGCGCCGAAACGGGAUGUCUAUGUUGGCAUUGGCAAGGUUGUGAAAACGGGCGUGGAUGAAGAACGGGGUCGGAUUUGGGUGGAGGUGGUGCCUGUGGCCAACAAGCGCGAUAGCUGGAAUCAUCAGUUCCGGGACCCCUGGAGUGGCAAGAAGAUGCCGGAGUGGUAUUGGCCGCUUGAGUAA